AUGAAGGAAAUCACCACCCCGGCCCCCAUUAAUAUCAUUCGACAUCCCCUCGAAUCCGAGGCCACGCAGAGUAUCCGAACCCACUUGGUCCUUACGACGGAGAAGCUGAACAUUCGUUAUCUUUCUAUCACCGUCAGUGCGCCAAGUCAAGUAACGGAAUUGACCCCCUGUUCCAGAAGCCAGGUCACUGCGGCCAUUGUCCUGUUCAUCCUGGAUAUCGAUUGCAAUCUGGGAAAGCGCACUCGGCUCGUUGUUAUGGAAGGUCGCCGUAAGCCACACAAAUCUGAUAGCGUCCGAUUAGUAUAA